GUUACUUUUUCCGUCUCCCCACAUAGGCUGGUUUGAAUGCUUCUGGGUCACAUGGCAGCCAAGUACACGGCAAAGGCAGUUCCGUGGUUUACAUGGCUGGGGACCAGGUUCCUGUUUUCCUUGCAGAGCUGUGGGCGUCAGUCUGCACAAAGCAAGGGCAGCAGCGGGCCGGGCGGCAGCGGGCCGGGCAGCAGCAGGCCCGGGACCCCUGGAUCCGCCAACUGGACACCCUUCAGACUGCAGGCUGGUCCUACCAGAGCCAGUGCUGCCCACAGGAUGGGUGCCCGCAACAUGUCCUGGAUCCGGUACCCGAGCCAGGUGUCCCCUGCUGUGGAGGAUGUCAUUGCCUCGCAGAGCAUCGUGUCCAGGUGUGCCCAGGUCUACCUGGUCCUGUGUGUCCCGCUCAGCUUGGCCACAGGGCUCUUCAACUUGACUGCCCUGGUCCGGGACCGCGCCAGCCUGGGAGCCCUGAGCGUGCUCCUCCUGGGUCUCACGGUCACCAGCCUGCUGGGAACGCUGCUGUCCCUCAGUGCCGCCGGCAGGCCCGACUACCUGCUCACCACGAACCUGGGCUGCGCGACCCUCUGCUUCCUUGCCAACAUCUGCUACUUCCACAGCCAGUACCUGCAGGUGGCCAUGUGCGCCCUGUCCUUGCAGUCUGGCUCCCCGGCCCGUCUGCUCACGGCCAUCCAGGGUGCCCGCCGGCCUGCAGGGGGCCUGGCUGUCCUCCUGGGCUGUGCUCUCUGUAGCUCUUUGGUACUGGUAGCCCUCCUGGGCACAGCUGGGGACCUCCACAAGAUGACUGCAUGCCAGCUAGACCCGCUGGCAGCUUGGCCUGAGUAUGAGAUUGUCAAGUUCAGCCUGGGCCUUGGGCUCGCGCUGGCCUUCAAGCUGGGGUGCCUCAUUCUGUGCAUGGUCCCAGCGGCCAGGCAGGCCACUCCAGCCCUCAGAGACUUGGCCCGGGCCUGCCCGGUGGUGCCGGCCCUGGCUCUGACCAUGCUGGCCUGCAGGCUGCCGUACAAUGCAGCGCUGCUGAGGCGGGCCAGCCUGAAGCUGCAGCAGGACAUCGGCUCCCCGCGGCACGAACUGUUCAUGAGCCUGGCAGAGCUGCUGCUAGGUGGGGAGAGCUGUGCCAGUUCCCUGGCCACCCUGGCUCUGCACCCACCCUGCAGACAGGCUCUCCUCUGCACAGUGGAGCGGCUCACUUGGAAAUGCCGGGGACGAGGUGCUGAGCACAACGUCUCCCUGCGCAGGGUGGAGGCCAGCGGCCCACCUGCCGGACACAGCCACCGUGGCCCUCAACAGAGGCUCUCGUAGGUCCCAAGGCCAGAGCGAGCACCCCUGGUACUAAUGAACCCCCAUCCUGGAGUGGGGCUCCUGGUACUGACUCUGCCCCCCCAGUGAGCACUGCAGUGCCCGCUCCUGGUACUGACUCUGCCCCCA